GUAUUGUCCAAUUCCAUAUCCGUUUCUUCAAUAUUUUACCACUUCAGCCCAUAAAAUGGAGUCUCUUAGCCAGGAAAUCCUGGCCUUGAUCAUCACCCAUUUUUUUGAAGUCCCCCCAAUGAAAAGCCGCCAGAUCCUGGUGCCCAAACCAGUUUGCAACGUUUCCCCAUACACGAUCGUCUCGCGCAAAUGGCAAAACGAAGUAGAGCGUUAUACCAUGGCCAAAAUACAGAUAUAUAGUGCCGAUCUGGACAUGUUCCGCCAGGUAUUCUCAUCGCCGAGACGCAGAAGUCUUCUGCGGAAGCUGCGCUAUGAGAUCGACCUACCAACCUACAGCAGGAAUCGCAUACACUGCCUGGAAAGACGUCGAGAAAGCAAAGCAAACAAUGCCGCAUUUACUCAAGGUGUCAUGGAUCCCUUCAAUGAGAUCUCCUCCUGGGAAGCACAAGGCAUUGUCUUGGGUCUCUCUGCAUCCUCACCUAUGGAUCCGGGGCUGCCCUUCGAUAUUGGACGCAGACCGGAAGAGGUUGGCUCUGGGCUGGCGGAGAAGCGGUGGACAUUUGAAGACAACUACCUGCUCCUGGAUCAAGCAUAUCUACCGCAGUGUACCUCUAUCGAAGCCUUGGUAAUUCAGGUUGCAUCACGAUCACUACAUCCUUCAGCUAUUGGGAAGAUUAUCGCCUCGCUACCCAGGUUGGAUUUUUUGACGCUAGACCUAAACGCACCCAAGACCAAGCGGGUCGAGAUGCAAGAUGAACACAGACAAUGCCUUGUUAAUGCACUGCACUCACCAGCAUUGAGUAAUCUACAGACUUUGAAUAUCUGCAUUACCCAAGGCAUUAUAAGCAACCACAGCUUCCGAAACAGACUAGAUGAUCCCAAUUAUCCAGAUGGAGAUUCAUUAGGCGCUGCCAUUCGCAAACUGGCUGAGAACACUCGUCUGAAAACUCUCAAUCUCACUGGUAAUUGGCCAGUCUCACCUACGCUGUUCAACGGAGACAAUCCAUUCCCAUAUCUUGAGAAUGUGCGUAUCGAAGGAGCGCCGAUUACUUACGACGGUCGAUGGUAUUACACAGGCAAUCCUAGCGAUGUCGAGGCUUCUCAUUACCAUGCGCCGCAUGAUGAAAUGGUCGCCGACCCGGACUCGGACUCUAACUCGUCCUUUAAUUCUGAACUUGCUGACUCCCUGUCCGUUGGCCGAGAGGCGCUGCUUAACGGUUACCAGCCGUUGCAUACAUGGAGGACAAGGCCGGAUCCAAAGACAUUCGAUCCUCUUAUGAAGUCAGCAGCCACUGCAGCUCUCCGGAUGCCGUCACUGCAGAGUCUGUACUUAUCGAUAGAGAUAGAGAUGAUUUCCAAUUUUAACCGCAGUAUCACCUUUGAGUUCUUGAAACCCGGCGAGCGGGCGUGGGCUGAUGACCACCCUCCCAGGGCCGCACAGCGGAAUAGGACGCGGUGCUACGUGACGUUCAGGUCUGAAGUGCGGUGGAAUGUUCCUACGGAGAUUACAGCUCUGUGGGAGGAACUUGUGGGAGAGCAGGGUGUCGUUUCCAUUGAGAGUGAUUAAUUGAUUUAAUGUGUCAGAUAUCGACUGCCCUCGAUACAGUUUCCUUCUCUAAAAGCUAGAAUGUAAUAACAAUAAAUAUGAAGAGCCAUUUCCU